UUUUAUUCUGAUUGGUCGCUAUUCAUAAAAUGGCAUAUUUCGAUCUUCAAAAAAUUGUACUACAGAUUAAUAUUGAGAGUAAGAUUAAAGAAUUUUUAUAAAUUUAUUUGUUUAAUCCAAUUAAUUAACAAAAAAUGAUUGAAAAACUUCUUAGAUAAAUUCGUGUCUUUUUUAUUAAAGUAGAUUUAGGCGACCAAUCAAAUGAACGUUCCGUUACGAUGGUUUAAAGGCGGCGUAUUUAAAACGUUUAAAUAACAAAAAGCUUUUUAUUCUCUUAAUACGACGAUAUUAAAAAAGAAUAAAUUAUAUAUCCAAAGACAUAAAAAUCCUGUUAUUCGGUAAUAAAUAAUCGUAAAUAAUUAAUGAUAUAGUCCAGAUUUUUUCUUAGAUCAUUGUACGUACAUAUUUACAAACAAAUAAUUAUCAAACGUAAGGUAUACUCACAUCUAAUAAUUAGUGAAGUUCAUUAAAGUAUAUUCAGUUUGAAAUAGUUCGUCCGCACGGAUUAAAAUACUGAAAUAAACUUAAUCGCGGUCGAAAUAUUUUUUUUAAAUUAUUAAAUAAUGGAUUUUGAUAGCGCUUAUAUAGAUCCUUUAAUAGACGAUUGGUUAGAACAACUUCAUGAAGCUGUAAAAGAACAAGAAGAUAUGGUUAGAGCCGAUGAUGAAUUUUAUAUGCCAUUCGUAGGAAUUCCAGCAUCUGUUAUAAGUGCAAUUUUCAAAAUAACACAUCACCUAGAACUAGGAACAGAUACUAAAUACUUAACAAUUCAUUUGUACGAUAAAUUUAUGUGUAAUUACUUUUGGGAAAUAUAUAAAACAGAAAGUAAAAGUGGAGCAACUGAAGCUUCAUGGUCUAAGAUAUGUAAAACUAUUUCUAAUAGAUCCAAAUUAUAUCUCAUAUCUUGUCUUCAAUUAGCAAGUAAAGUGGAUUUACAUUCUAAAAGUUUAAGUAUAUCACAGUUAAUAUGUAUCUUACGUUGGAUCGAUAAAAAAAAGGAAUAUACAAAGAAUAUAAUUAUUACUUCUGAAUUUAAAGUAUUCAAAACAUUAGGAUUUAAAAUGCCUUUCUGUACUCCAUUACAAUGUAUUGAAGUUCUUCUAGCUGCAACAGGUCUUAGACAUACAUCAAAUAUAUAUGAAACUUCUAUAAAUUUAUUGGAUUUAGCUUAUUUACAGCACGAGCAAUUGUAUUCACACGUGCAAUGUCUAGCACAAGGUCGUAUUAGUAAAUCUGAAGUUGAUAAAAGAAAUCUUAUGGCUUUGAAAACAAAUUCUUUAUUUCUUGGAGGAUGUAUCAUUUUAUGCGCAACAUUUUUUUUAUAUUUUGAUAAUAAUAUAGCAAAAGGAAUAGCAACUAAAUUAGCAGACUUAGUAGAUACAACUUAUACUGACAUUUGGGAUGUAGCAAAUAUACUUCUUGUAUUAGCAAUACAGGAAUGAAUGUAUAAUAUUAAAUAGAUAUAUGUUUCAAGUUAUAAUUACAUAUAAAA